AUGUUGAGCAGGACAAUUGUACGCGCCACUCCUCGAGUGAGUGCGUAUGCUCGGUGCGAAGCCCAGGCGCCUCUUGAGCGAUGCACCAGGCGGCCUGCAACACCAUGGCGGCCAGCACAGCAGUCACUGGGCCGGCGUCACGCAUCGAUGCGGGUACAGUUCAGUGAGCAGUACCGCAAGAGCCCCGUCCUAUUUCCCUUUGCCAUUGGAGUCAUCACCCUCGUCUCAGGCAUCUGCGUCUUCUACAUUCCCUGGUACUACAAGAAUGUCAUCAUCAAGCCCUACCACAACUUCCCCGAGCCCGUCGCAAAGAAGCUCCGCAAAGCCCUCUUCUACAGCCGCGGCAAAUGGCUCGAUAUCCGCGAGGCCAACAAGCACUUCAGGCAGGCCCUCGCCCUCGCCGACGAGCUGGGCAUGGAUCCUUUUAGCGAUGAGAUAAUGGGCGUCAAGUACACCAUUGCUCAGUUGUUUGAGGAUGCAGGGUAUUAUAGCUUGGCAAUUGAUGUGCUGGAGAUUAUGCGCAACGACUGCCAGCGAUGGGUCGACGAGUUUUCAGACAAGCACUGGACGACGGGGAACCGCAGUCGGGUCAAAAAGAAUAUGGUGCAGAUCAAUCUGAAGCUGGGCCAGCUCUAUGACGUUCGAUACGUCAAUGAGCCUGAGAAUGGCGAAAAGAGACUUGUUGAGGCUGUCGAGAGUGCGCUCAAGGAGCAGCAGCGACGGGAGAAAGAGGGCGUCAAGAAUGGAGAGGGAUCAUGGUUGACGAACGAAGAGAUGGGUGGCACAUUAGAAGCUCUCGGGACACACUACGAGCAGUUUGACUCGCACUACCUGGCCACGCCUCUGUUUGUCAAGGCACUACAACUAUGUCCACCAAAUUCAUGUCAUAGCGUAGUCUUGAUGAACAACAUCUCCACCUGUCUAGUCCAGCAGACUCCACCCUCCUCCACCGACGCAAUCACCAUGUCCCCCCUCCCCUCCGACUUCCCCGUCUCAAACACCGCCCCACGCGCCCUCCUCAUUGAGCAAGCCCGCCAAUGGGCUGAACGCGCCCUACAACAAGCCAACCAAAUAAAGUCCCCAGACCGCACAGAAGAAUGCGACAUGGGCUGCGCAGUCGCUACCCACAACCUAGGCGAAUUCUUCGAAAUGGAAGGCAAGACCGCUGAAGCACGCAAACAGUACGAAGAAGCGGCUGCUCUCGCGAAGAAAAUGGGGUUUACAGAGGGUGUGGCAAAUGCGCGGGCGGGAUUGAAGCGGGUGAAGGAGUUGGAGAAGAAAGCAUAG